AUGUCCUUCUUCCGAGUCCAGGUUUGUCUACCUUGUUUUUGAUACUUACCUUAUAGAAAUGGCGGACCUUUGCGCGCCAGUGGUAUCUUUAUGAUGCAUAUAUGCAGUGCCCCAUGUUGUCCGGGGAGAAAAUUGCAGCUUAUCUCAAGGGGACGCAUAAGCGUAUCUACGACCCAAGAGGCGACGUCGGCGACAGUGUCAUAGUUUUUAACAGCCGAAACAUUGCUGCAAAAGACAACAGUUCGUACUGGAGACGUUUCCUAUACACCACGCACACACGGUACAUUUCUGGAUAACGUGUUUAUUUUUGGUUUUCCAGGUUUGGCCCCUUCCGUGUUGAAGACACCAUGGCUGAGUUGCACAAACGCGACCCGACCGAAGUUAGUCCCUUGUCCUACAGGACUUCUUAUUACCUAACACUUAUAUAACAUGCCGGUUUGUCGAUGUCUGCUGCAUUUUGUACAGAAUGCGCACGUGCGCUGAGGCUCUAAUAGAUGGCGUAUAUCUCGAUUCAGAAGAGCAGUUCUUUUUUAAAAGUCGUAUCGGUCUUAAUCAGGAGAUGUCUAUGGAUGUGCCGACAAAACUACCACCGAACGCAUCAGAACCGCCCCUGCCUCUGUUUCAAUGGAUGGUUAAACUAAUAAAACCAUUGUUUUCAGGUCUUAGGAUAUUAUUCUUGUGCAUUAUUUACUGUUCCGAAACUAUUGUUCGGCUGGACGUAUAUCCUCUUGCUGUGAGACUUGGAUUCUUAUCUCUGCUGCUGUUAGUUUCCACGGAGCCUCCGAGUAGUCAAUAUAUCGUCUUCUAUUUCCCUGUCCUGAGGCUCUUGGCGUGAAAUCAAGAGUCGCAUCGCGCUGUCUGUGCCCGUAUGUGCAUUUUCGCGGUCCAAAUAGCUGCUUAGGUUUACCUGCUACUCCAUGACCCUGUAAGUUCCUCCUUGCGCUGAUAAUCGCCAGCGUCGCCGUCAAAUAAGUGUAGGAAAAGUAGUCUAUCUCCAUUCGGGAUUUUUAAACUACUUCUAGUCAAGCUGGUGCAGACGCGAGUAAUGCUUGCGUUUGGUUGAGUAUCUAUUUCCCCUAUGGCUGCAAAAAUCCUGAGGCGAAUGCUUUGCAUGAAUAUACGCAUGCUUUCCCGUAGGGUUUUGAGCUAAUUUCAGACGUCAAAUCUUCACGCAGUCAAAAGAAUGUUCUCUAAGAGCGGUUUCCUCGACUUUGCCAAUGAAUGAAUAAUUUUGUUGAUCUGUCCUGUGAUUACUUGCCUGAUGUAGUUUUCACCAACAAGAACUAGAUAAUGCACUUUGCAAAAAUACUCUGUGGGGCCUAAUUUGCAGACUGCUAGCGACUAUAUUUCCGGUAGACAUUUCUCUUUAGAGAUAAUGAAGGUCCAGAUACAAAGCGUGAAUUCGCAAACGGUGUUUUCCAUAAAAAUUGCAAAUUACAUUACCAUGUUUUAGGUGAUCAGACGGGAAAUUCGUGUCCAUCUGCCCAACCGUGUAGCCAGACCCGACUGGCUCGCACGCCUUCACAUUUUCCCCGAUGGUAUUGAAGUGAGUCAUUGAACCUUACGAUUUUCCUGCGGUCGUACCCAAAGUUUAUUAUCUUCACGUUGCACGUAGUACCUUUGUCUCAUUUAAGGCUUGCUUUUUUCACCGGAUAUAGUACAAUGAUACCGUCAGGAUUGCAGUCACGUACAACACAGUGCCUGUUUAUUUGCAGCUGGCUGGGAACGACUAGCAAACUGGAGCUCCUAUGGGGUCACCCAUUUCUAGCUUCCUAGUUGAGAUCUUCGGUCGCAUUAUCUGACGACAUUUUGGUGUCACCAGCUUUAAAAAUGCACUAGUACAACUCGGUGUUAUUCCAAAAAGCCUCAUCUUUCUCCUGCAUACUCGGGCAGUAGUGAGCAACUUCAUAGGCCUCUAGGCGGUGAACCACGGUCGACCUAGUUGUCGACUAUGUGCGAGGACGUGUGGGAGCACACCUUGUUGUCUCAUUGCUGGCUCAUUCUCGUGCAUCUCAUGUCACCCAUAUCGCAAUAGCAGCAGGGCACCAAUUCUCUAAAGUCGUCUUUCCGCAUAUUUCCUUUCAGACCGUGCCAGAGGAGCUGUUGAAAAACGUUUCUGGCGUGAUCCGCCAGGUCAUGCCCGUCCCCAAACGUCUGGACUCCUACACAGCGGAAGAAAUAGAGAAUUAUCCUAAGCUGUUUGAUUGGUAUGUUCACCAGCGUACUUACGUUCAUUAUAGUCCCUUCUCAUUUUAUUUGGUGCGCCUGCUGUAGGAACGUGGUUCUGAAGCCUGUGUGAGUGCGCUCAUGAACAACAUAACCUUAAUCGAUACAAACAAUACUCUGACCCCUAGAUUGGCCAUCCAAACAAGAACUAAUGUCGCGGUAACUAGGAAAACUAUGGUAUUAAAGGAUAAGUGUUGGGCAAUAAUUUAUCCUGAAAUAUAGAAUUGACUUGGUCGGCAAACUUAGAAAUCUGGGCUAAAUGCAAGAAAUUACCUAGAAAGCCGGGACGGUGGCACCAAAUAGUCCGCCUCCGACCUCAAGACUCCUUUCCGAGACUAGACAGCAAACUGACGACUCCACGGAAUUUUUGGAAAAUCUCUUAUAGCCACUCCACUUGCCUUGUGACAAGCUAUUCCGUGGUGACUGGUUCACCAACUGACGAAUUAGGCCUCACGCUAUACUAUUUAAAUUUGUAAGCACCAUUAAAGUUGUUGUGUGAUCAUGUCCUUUUAUCAGAACGCAAGUCCUAAUUGCAUCUACCUUUCGGUUUUCAGGCCAGAUGAUUAUGCUGUUGGCCGGUUGAGUCCACUUACGAAGCCACGUCCACGAGCUGGAAAGACUCCUAAAUAG